CGUCGUUUUAGGGGCGAAUCAGUGUCGGCUCUCGGGUUCCUUGCCCCAGCUGAAAAGCCCUUUUUGUUAAUUUCUUAUUUUUUAUUCUUUCUACAAGGAAAAAAAAAGCACUUCCACAAAAAAGCACUUUCUCUCUAUACAAUCAUUACCCAUUGGCUAUUGCUUUUGCCUUCCUCACCAUCUUCUUGAAGAUCGCUGUUUCCCGCUUUAAAUCCUAUGUUCUGAAGUUGGGUUCCUGUAAUCACCAACCCAACUUCAGAAAAUUCACAAUGGUGGAUGUAAGGUUAAGCCAAUGGUUGAAACUUUUAGUAUGUGGAAUGAUAUUUCUGAAGACAAAGGGCUCUUUUGUGGGAAUAACAUAUGUUCAAAAUGCACCGGAAAAAGGGGCUGUUUGUUUGGAUGGUAGCCCACCAGCUUACCAUUUGGAUAGGGGAUUUGGUACCGGGAUUAAGAGUUGGUUGAUUCAACUUGAGGGAGGAGGAUGGUGCAACAACAUCACCACUUGCCUUGGUAGGAAGAACACCCGGUUAGGUUCAUCCAAACAAAUGGCCAAGCAAAUUCCUUUCUCAGGUAUCUUGAGCAACAGGAGAGAAUUUAAUCCAGACUUUUACAACUGGAAUCGAGUCAAAGUCCGAUAUUGUGAUGGAUCAUCGUUUACUGGUGAUGUACAAGCAGUCAGUCCAGCUACUAAUCUUCACUUCAGAGGUGCAAGGGUUUGGCUUGCUGUCAUCGAAGAUCUAUUAGCUAAAGGAAUGAGAGAUGCUGAAAAUGCUAUUCUUUCUGGUUGUUCGGCUGGUGGCUUGGCUUCCAUUUUGCAUUGCGAUAGCUUCAGUGCUCUCCUACCAAUGGGUACCAAAGUAAAAUGCCUUUCAGAUGCUGGUUUCUUUAUCAAUGCGCGAGAUGUUUCUGGAGCACAGCAUAUUGCAGCAUUCUUUAGUGAAGCAGUUGAAACACAUGGAUCUGCAAAAAAUUUGCCUCCAUCAUGCACCUCAAGAAUGACACCUGGGUUGUGUUUCUUCCCACAGUACAUGACACGACAAAUACAAACACCACUUUUUAUUUUAAAUGCAGCCUAUGAUUCUUGGCAGAUAAAAAAUAUUUUGGCUCCUCGUGUCGCCGAUCCGAGUGGCUAUUGGCAAAGUUGUGAGCUUGACAUAAAGAAUUGCUUGCCCAAUCAGCUCAAAGUCAUGCAAGAUUUCAGGUUACAGUUCCUCAGCGCACUGAUUGCACUUGGCAAAUCUUCAUCUAGGGGAAUGUUUAUAGAUUCCUGCUAUGCUCAUUGCCAAACCGAAACACAGAAGACAUGGUUCUGGCCUGACUCUCCAAUGUUGAGUAAGAAGACAAUUGCAAGGUCAGUUGGAGACUGGUUUUAUGACCGUAUUCCUUUCCAGAAGAUAGAUUGCCCUUACCCCUGCAAUCCUACUUGCCACAAUCGUGUUUUUGAUCCACAAAAAAAUCCAGAAAUCUAGAUUUCCCAUAUAUACAUCGAUUCUUUUUAUGAUGCCUAGUUAUAGUCAAAAUAUAUUAUCAAAGUCGAAGAAAAAAAUAGACGUAAAGAAAAUAUGAUUCACAAAACCCUCAAAAUAAGGGAAGGAUGCAACUGCACUCAACUACUGUGCCGAUUGUUCUCAACCAUUGUUUAUGUAUUCAUUAUCACCUUAAUAUGGAAUAAACUGAGAUCAAUUUUACUUGAUCAUGUAUUGGCCGAAAGUCAUUGAAUGAAGACUGAUUAGAGUUUCUCUCGCUA